AUACUAGUGUGAAGUAAACCGCAGUUGCUGGAUUAAAUUGCUUUAGUUUGGUCGAUUUCGCAUCACGUCCAAAGAAAAUCAGAAAAAUGUCGAAGAGGAAUCCAGGAGACGAAUAUAGAAAAGGGUCAAGUGUGUACAGAGCAGAGGACUCCAGAGGAGAUGACAGAGGAAGGGAUCGUUCGCCACUUAGAUCAGAUGACCGUUGUGAAGAGGCUAAUUACAAUCAAAGUGAUGCAAAGAAACAGAAGCUGGCGUUUGGGUUUGGGAAGAAAAGUGGAACAGAACAAAAAAAGGGUAUUCAAAUAAAACUAGGUUCAACAUCAAAACCCACGGUUAAAGCAACACCAAUUCAAAGGCCAACAGUAGCAUCUGUGUUUAAUGCAGAUGAAGAAGAUGAACCUGAAGAAAUGCCAGCAGAAGCAAGAAUGAGGAUGAGAAAUAUUGGAAGAGAAACACCAACCUCUGCUGGACCAAAUUCAUUUGGUAAAACCAAGCAAGGGUUUUGUGAUUCUAAGAAAAUAUUUGAAAAAACGCUUAAAAAAGCAAUGGAGGAAGCAAAUAAAUGAUUCCUUGACAAUUAUUGUUAAUUGUAUAUUAAUUUUACAAAAAAUGCAACAAUAGCGAGAUUCUUGCUACAGUUAUAUGCAAACUAUUUUUAUCAAUUUUAUGCAUUAUCGACAAAUAAUAGAUGCAAAGUUCUACUUGGUAUUUGACAUCACAUCUUGAAAACUUUUAUUAGUAUUAGCUAAUAUUAAGACUGCACUUGAAGUUUUUUUCUUUGCGUGCAUUGUGAAGAAGUAUGCAUAUGUAAGAAAUUUAAUCUAUAUAAUUUUUACAUUGUUCCAGUAAUAUUGUAUUAAAUUUUGGAUCAUGUAAUAAUAAAUAUAAAAGAUUAUCUUGUUUAGAAAUUAUAGAAAAGUUAUAAA